UCUCCUCCUCACCGUCUCCUCCUGCUGCUCCGUCCUCUGUACAGCCGCUCUGUCCGCGUCCUGCGCUCCACUGCGCUGCUUCUCUGUGCUGCCUCACUGCGCUGCCUCACUGCGCUCCACCCGCCCAGCGCACCGCAUCCUGGGAUCCAUUACUGGUUUAUUUUGGUUUUUCAUCCCCCAAAAGCGCGUUUUUUCCCCCUCUUCUCACCUUUUUCCAGGAGACACGUAGAGGGAGGGCUUUAAUAGACACCUGCCUGACUGAGGAGAUACUCACUUUGAACGCAACUCCAAGGAGGAGAGCUGGACUGGCUGAACUUUCAGCACCGUUUGCCGUUUCUCACCACUGAACCGGUGCUAUUGAAAGCUCUUUGGUUCGCUUUUUCGGUUUAUUGGGAGAAUGGGACCGUUUUUAUUCUCCGUGUUCGUCUGUGCGAGCAUCGCUGUCCCGCAUCUCGCCAAAGCAUCAGAGGGUAAAGAAGCAGCUUCAGGACCCUGCCACCCGAACCCCUGCCACAACGGAGGCCUGUGCGAAAUCAGCGAGACCUACAGGGGCGACACGUUCAUCGGCUAUGUCUGCAAGUGUGCGCCCGGCUUCAGCGGCAUUCACUGCCAGCACAAUGUUAAUGAAUGUGAAUUGGAUCCUUGUAAGAAUGGAGGAAUCUGUACUGACCUGGUGGCCAACUACUCCUGUGAGUGCCCGGGUGAAUACAUGGGAAGAAACUGUCAGUAUAAAUGUUCCGGUCCACUCGGUGUAGAAGGAGGCAUCAUCGCUAACCAGCAGAUCACAGCCUCCUCCACCCACCGUGCUCUAUUCGGCCUGCAGAAGUGGUACCCCUACUUCGCCCGGCUCAACAAGAAGGGUCUGGUGAACGCCUGGACGGCUGCCGAGAACGACAGAUGGCCCUGGAUUCAGAUAAACCUGCAGAGAAAGAUGCGGGUCACGGGCUUGAUCACCCAGGGGGCCAAGCGCAUAGGAAGCCCCGAGUACGUCAAGUCCUACAAAGUGGCCUCCAGCGACGACGGGAAGACGUGGAGGACGUACAAAGUCAAGGGCACGGACGAGGACAUGAUUUUCCGAGGUAAUGUGGACAACAACACCCCCUCGGCCAACUCCUUCACCCCACCCAUUGAGGCUCAGUACGUGAGAAUCUACCCUCAGGUCUGCAGAAGACACUGCACUAUGCGCAUGGAGCUCCUGGGAUGUGAACUCACAGGCUGCUCUGAGCCUCUGGGCUUGAAGUCUGGUCACGUUCAAGAUCACCAGAUCACAGCGUCCAGCACCUUCCGAACUCUCAACAUGGACAUGUUCACCUGGGAGCCCAGCAAAGCCCGUCUGGAUAAGCAGGGCAAAGUGAACGCCUGGACAGCAGGACACAGUGAUCAGUCCCAGUGGCUACAGGUGGACAUGCUCAUGCCGACGAAAAUAACAGGCAUCAUCACCCAGGGGGCUAAGGAUUUCGGCCACGUGCAGUUCGUGGGCUCCUACAAGCUUGCUUUCAGCAACGAUGGAGAAAGAUGGCACAUAUAUCAGGAUGAAAAACAGAAGAAAGAUAAGGUAUUUCAAGGAAACUUUGAUAAUGACACACACAGGAAAAACGUCAUCGAUCCUCCCAUCUACGCCCGCUUCAUCCGGAUGCUUCCCUGGUCGUGGUAUGGCAGGAUCACCCUUCGGGUAGAAUUACUCGGAUGCACGGAGGAAGAGUAACACCCCCUCAAUUCCCACCAUCAUUUUCUUGGUACACUUUAGUACCAAAUCCAGAUUCAAUAUAAACUUUGCUUGAGCUGUAUAGAGAAUAUCAGUUUCCGAUGGAUUUUUCUCAAAAUGGUGUGGAAGAAUAAACACGUAGGUAAAUUUUUUUCGGGGGGUAGGGGGUGGUCAGAGGUUUAUGCUUUGUACAGUAAAUUCCUAACCUGACAUUAUGUAGGUCCUGUUCAUUUCCUGUGUUGGUGUCCUUUUUUGGCCCUUUAUACAGUAGAAUGAACUUUUUGAUGGGCUUCUGGCAUCGGGGUCAGGUUUAUUUCACUGUGGUUAAAGCGGUGGGAUGAGAACCACUGUACGGCGUCACUUUUAAACCAAUGCAAAGGUUAUACUAUGCUUCAUUACCAUCUAUAACUCAUCAAAUAGAUGCAUAAACGAACCGAGUAAUGUACGUUUCUUGUUUUAACUCUAUCAAAGCUUAAAUCACAAUCUCGUGUAGAAUAAAUGAUGUUAUUGUAUUAUAUGUAAAACACUAAAUUACUGCAUGGUGCAUUAAUUAUAUUAAAAUUAACAGGCAUU